CUUUGUCAUUUGCAGCCACUUGCCCCCGCAUGAUUGCCAGUGAUGAGAGCGAUACACCCACAAUCUAUCCUCUCCUCCAUCACUGCACUGCCUGCCUGAAAGAGAAAGACCCCCAGACAGCAUCCUCCCUGCGCCCUCCAUCAUCCAGAUCACAGCAGCAGGCGCCAUGGGUCACUCCCCUCUCGAAUUCAGUGACUGUUAUCUGGACAGCCCUUGCUUCAGAGAUAGCUUGAAGGGUUACGAACAAGAGCUUGAGAGGACCAACAAGUUCAUAAAAGAUGUUAUUAAGGAUGGAAACUCCUUGAUUAGCGCAAUAAAAGGCUAUUCCAGUGCUGUGCAGAAAUUUUCCCAAACCUUACAAAGCUUCCAGUUUGAUUUCAUUGGGGACACCAUGACCGAUGAUGAAAUAAAUAUUGCUGAGUCCUUCAAAGAAUUUGCUGAUUUGCUGCAGGAGGUGGAGAUUGAAAGGAUGAUGAUGCUACAAAAUGCGGAUGAUCUUCUGAUCAAACCUCUUGAGGGAUUCCGUAAGGAUCAAAUUGGACUAACCAAGGAGAGGAAGAAAAAGUUUGACAAAGACAGUGAAAAGUUUUAUUCACUUCUUGACCGACAUCUGCACUUGUCAUCUAAAAAGAAAGAGACACAGCUACAGGAGGCUGAUGUGCAACUAGACAAAGAAAAACAAAAUUUCUAUGAAUCUUCCCUAGAGUAUGUCUACCAGAUUCAAGAGGUGCAGGAGAGCAAGAAAUUCAGUAUUGUGGAACCGGUGCUGGCCUUCUUGCAUUGCCUCUUCACGUCUAACAGUCUGACCUUUGAACUGACGCAAGACUUUCUGCCCUACAAGCAGCAGCUGCAGCUCAGUCUUCAGAAUACCCGAAACCACUUCACCUCGACCCGAGAGGAGAUGGAGGAUCUAAAGAAGCGAAUGACUGAUGCUCCAAUAGUCUGCAAAUUGAAAGGGCAGAGUACCAUCGAAGGAUACCUGUAUUCUCAGGAGAAAAGGGCUCUCGGCAUCACUUGGGUGAAAUAUUACUGUAAAUAUGAGAAGGAUAGAAAGGUCUUAAGCAUGACUCCAUUAGAGCAGAAGCCAGGCCCCAAACAGGUGACCCAGGAGCUGACACUCAAGUCUUGCAUCAGGAGGAAGAGCGAUUCUAUUGACAAGAGGUUUUGCUUCGAUGUGGAGACCAAUGAAAGACCUGGGACCCUCACUUUGCAGGCUCCAUCUGAAACCAAUAGACGCCUAUGGAUUGAAGCCAUGGAUGGGAAGGAGCCAAUCUAUCACAGUCCUAUCACGAAGCGUGAUGAAAUGGAACUGAAUGAAGUGGGAUUCCGCUUUGUUCGGAAGUGCAUCAAUGCAGUGGAAGCAACAGGAAUCACUACAGAAGGGGUAUACAGGACCGUGGGGAGCAACAUCCAGGUGCAGAAGCUUCUUAAUUCCUUUUUUGACCCUAAAUGUCCCGGAAAUGUGGAUCUACAGACCAGUGAUUGGGACAUUAAAACUAUUACAAGCUCUCUAAAGUUUUAUCUCAGGAAUCUCUCAGAACCAGUAAUGACAUAUAAAAUGCAUCGGGAACUUGUGUCUGCUGCAAAGUCAGAGAAUUUGGAUUACCGUCUAGGAGCGAUUCAUUGCCUUGUAUACAGACUUCCAGACAAUCAUCGGGAGAUGCUGGAGCUGAUCAUACGUCACUUAUCCAGAGUUUGUGAAUACAGCAAGGAGAACCUUAUGUCUCCAUCUAAUAUGGGAGUCAUUUUCGGUCCAACUCUGAUGAGAGCUCAGGAGGACACAGUGGCUGCCAUGAUGAACAUAAAGUUUCAGAAUAUUGUGGUGGAGCUUCUCAUAGAACACUGCAAUAAGAUAUUCUCUGGUCCUCCUGAAGAAAACACUGUUCCUCCUGUUCCACCGCCAAGAAUAACCCCUCGCACCCACAAACCCAUCACCAUAUCCAAGCGGCCUGUAAGGGGAAGACCUGGGAUACAGCAUGGAUUAAGUGAAAGUGAGGAUGAAAUUUUAGUGCAAAAUGGCUCCAUUACGAACAGUAAUGACCCCCCACUUCCACUGCAACGGAAAAAAUUGCCUUCAAGGCCGGAUGCUCAGCCAUCAGAUACUUAUUAUGAUAUAGAUGUUGCCAAGAUGGUCUCCAUUAUGCAAGACAAAGGAUCCAAAAGUGUAACAAACCAUGUAAAUGGGGAGCUGCCUCAGUACGCUGUGAUUAACAGAGCAUCUCCACAGUAUGCCAAAAGGCCCCCAACCCGACCAACAAAUCAGAGAGAAAGCGAAGGCGAUAACGGCAGCAAAGCUCGGACACCUGGAGAGAGGCCGGUAAUCUGCCGCCCUCCAGUACGCCCUCCAGACCCACCCUGCAGGAUAGCACUGGCCCAGAAAACAGAACCAAAAACAGAGAUCAUCUCAGGAGGAAAGGAAGACAUUCCAUCUUCAGUGGUUGCAUCUCGCACCAAAUUUUUUGAGAGUGCGUCUAGACCAAGGGGAAGCCCACCAUCCCCUCCCAAUAGGAUCGCCAUGGAGGAAAGCUGAGGAAUGAGGAGGAGACACGAACGCUCCCUGGCUGGUCCAAGGAAACCCUUUAUCCAGUUCUGCAAGCAGGCCAUAGUGAUACAAGCAGACCAUGCAUUGGGCUUCAGAUGAUCCUUCUCAUUCCUCCCUUCACUUUUUUCCUUUGGGGUGUUUUGGGAAGUAUAAUAUUGUUCUUCUGAAAAACAUUGGCCACCACAUGGAAAGAAGAACAUUUACUGGUCUAAAUCCCCUUGUAGUGGGAUAUUUACAGAAUGUCAUAAGUGUGAUAGGAGGAGGUGUCCAAUAUUCUGUCCACCUCACUUAAACAGACUUCCUUUAUGCCAUGUUCUUCGGAAUCUUUGGCACAGUGUGUGACUGCCAAAAGACAAGACUUUUGCAGAAUCAGUUAUGGACUUCUGUAGUAAAACUAUUCAUGUGCUAA